AUGGUCCGCUAUACCAAGAAGGCCCAGGAGACAAGACUGGGACGUACCCAGUACUUCAACUCCCUCGUUAUCGGCGACUCCACUCUGAAGCGACACUUCCUCUUGUGUGCCACCGCCCUCGCUCGCGCGCGAUACCUUGAUCGCCCCGCCAAGUAUGGCGUCAGGCGAGUGAGGAGCUGGAUUGAGUUCUUCCGUGUAGACAGGACGCAGUUCCUCUACCUGGUGGAUCUCAUCAAAGGGGACCCCGUGUUCGUCUCGAAUGGGCCUCGUGCGCAGGCUCCCGUCGAAUACCAAUUAGCGGUUGCACUUUGGCGUUUCGGUCACUCGGGAACUGCCUGUGGCUAUCGCAAGAUCGCUAUCAAUUUUGGCCUAUCAGAGGGAAGUGUGCAAAGAUGGACUUGCCGAGUCAUCCUUGCUUUGCUCAACCAUGAGGCUGAUGUGGUCAAGUGGCCCGAUGCCGACCGUAGAGCACUGCUUGAAACGGUUUUCGAAGAGGAGUAUGGCAUUCCUGGAGGUUGUGUGGGAGUCGUAGAUGGCUGCUUCAUUCCUACUGCCCGUCGCCCUGCGCGCGAAGACUUCACCAAGUUUUACUCCCACAAAGGCCGCUACGGCUUCAACGUCGCCUUUGUUUGCGACACGAGCAAGCGCAUCCGCUUUGCUCAGUACGGGUUCCCUGGGGCGUCUCAUGACUCGCAAGUCUACAAUCACAGCGAGCUCAACAGGGCGCCCCAGCAACUCUUCUCCCCCGGCCAAUGGGUUCUUGCCGACUCCACCUUUAGCGUCGGGCUCAACUGUGUACCUCUAUUUCCGCAUGCUCGUGGGGAGGCAACCUUGCCUGGUGACAAGCGCAAGUUCAACCAAGCCUGCUCUCCUGCGCGUGUCCUCAUCGAGAAUACCUUCGACAUCCUCAAGUAUCGUUGGGGGUCUCUUCAAGCUCUACCUUCUCCACUGCGCAAUCGCAGUGAGGAAGGAAUAGCCUCGUGCUGGAUCCGCGCUUGCGUGGUCCUGCACAAUCUGUUCGUGGACUCUGGGGACUGGUUCACACAUCCGGAGCCAGACGAGAUUGAGAAGAGCUUGGAACAGGCCGAGAAGAAGGAGCGUCAGAGGGCAGUGAGAAAGUUGCUGAUCCAGGAGAUCGCGGUUAUGGACGAGGCGCCGGGAGGGGAAGAAUUGAGGGAGAGGGUCAUGAGGCAGAUGCAGGAGCUGGAGAGGCGUAGGGAGAGAGAGUAA